CCCGGGACGCCCGCGUCUCGUCCCACCUCGGACGAAACUACCGCGCGCAUAAGGAAUAUUUGUUGUAAAAAGUUUAUAGUAUAAGUUCCAUGUAAAUGCGUGUAAAAAGGCUAUAAAGAGCUGGGCAAAAUGACGAGGUCAACGAACUCCAGCCUUCUAGAACAAUUCCGCUCCAGCUCCACCACGACCACCACGACCGUCUCCAACAACGUGGUCAUCGUGGCCAAGUCCACCAACGGCAACAAACGACCUCCCAUCAUCAUUUAUCCCACCGUGACUCCGGAAUCAAUAGUUGUACCGAUCGUGUCGUGUAUAUUCGGCUUUCCCCUGCUGGCUCUCACCAUCAUCUGCUGCUUACGGAGAAGAGCUAAGUUAGCCAGAGAGCGAGCGCGGCGACGGAACUGCGAGCUGGACCGUGGCGAGCUGUCGGUGGUGCGGCUGUCCCCCAUCAGGGCUAGGCCAAGAGCCGUCAGCCUGGUGCGCUCUCCGCGACCACCGCCUAGCCUGGAGCUAGACACGGUGCUCGAGGAGCGCUCCGACCCAGAGCAGACCACGCUGUCACAUGUGGAGAUGACUCCAGACCGCGAGGUGGGGACGAUAAUCUUCAGCGCGAUGAGCGCGGUGGGCGCGGCGGCGGUGUCGGCGGCGGCGUGCGCUCGGGAGAGCUAGCGGCGCGGCUCGGCGCAGCUCGGCGCGCGCUCGCCGCUCUGGGCUGCGCUGACGAGCCAGCCGAUAGACGAGGACUCCGUCGACAUCGACGACGAGAGCUAGUUCGACGAACGCUCGGUCGCCGACGUCGCCGAGCGUAUGAAGCUGUUUCUAGACAUUCCACUUAGGUUCUAAAUUCGAAUGUGGGUGCUGGUCAGGCUCGCCGUGCACUG